AUGCCCUCGGGUUUCAAGUAUGCAAACAUUUCCCAAUUCCAGUACCAGACGGUGCAGCUUCAAUAUCAAACUUAUGAUUAUGAAAAAUCCCAAUUCGCAAGUUAUCACAUCAAUGGAUCGACCGAUCGUCUGACGGGGGGAAAUGACCAGGACAACAAAGACCCCAGCACCGAAACAAAGGAAGACGCCCCGGCCGAACCCGCAGUAGAAGAAUCCGCACCAGCCGAGAACUCGGAAUCUCCAGAAUCUCCAGAAUCUGCUGAGGUAACACCCGCCGAGCCAACUGACGCCCUUGAUGGCGCCGACACAGACGUCAAAGCAGAAAGUGCAGAUGCGCCUGCUGGAGAUGAGCCUUCGCCGAACGCAGAAGGGGACGCUGUCCCAGAGGAAGCCCCUCAAGAGCCUGCUGCGGAAGGUUCAGAGCCAGAGCCGAAGGAAGAGGCGCCAGCUGCAGACGAUAGCGCCAAGCCCGAUGACGGUGGAAACAAUGACGAUGCUUUUCCAGAUUGUGACCCUGAAGAGGGAGCCGACAAGGUAGAGGCUGAGAAGGAGGCCGCGGCUGAGGCCGCAAGAAUUGCAGCUGAAGAAGAGGCUGCGGCUGAAGCAGCCAAAGGUGACGCUGAUGGGGCCAACGCCGAUACUCCAACAAAUUCAUUAGAAGAAGCUCCCCCGAUUACCGAGGAGCCUGCGGACACGCCUGAAGAUGUAGCUCCGCCAGAGGAAGCGCCUGCGGCUGAAGCAGCAGACGAAGCUCAAUCAGAAAAACCAGAGGCUACCAUGAGCGCAAAGCAAAGGAAAAACGCCAAGAAGAAGAAAAAGAAGGGUGCCAAGUCCGAGCCUGAGCCGGAGCCUGAGUCCGCUGCGGAACCUGCUGCAGAACCCGAACAACCGGCUCCCACCCCGACAGAGGAAGCUCCAGCAGAGGAGGCCCCAGCGGAGGAGGUUCCAGCAGAGGAGGCUCCAGCAGAGGAGGCUCCAGCAGAGGAGGCUCCAGCAGAGGAGGCUCCAGCAGAGGAGGCUCCAGCAGAGGAAACCCCAGUAGAGAAGGUUCCAGUAGAGGAGGCUCCAGCAGAGGAGGCCCCAGCGGAGGAGGUUCCAGCAGAGGAGGCUCCAGCAGAGGAGGCUCCAGCAGAGGAGGUUCCAGCGGAGGAAGCUCCAGUAGCGGAAUCUUCAGUGGAGGAAGCUCCGGCUGAGGAUCCUCCCGCAGUCGUCGAAGCCGAAGCUCAACCGGAAGAACUGCCUGUGGCGAGCGAGCCUCCACCACCAGAACCUACGGAGCCAGAGUCCGAAUCGACUGCUGGGAUGUCAUCAAAAGAUAAGAGGAAAGCCAAGAAAAAGAAGAAGAAGGGUUCCAAAUCUGAGCCUGAGCCGGAGCCUGAGCCGGAGCCCGCUGCGGAACCUGCUACAGAACCCGAACAACCGGCUCCUACUCCGACAGAAGAGACUCCAGCAGACGAAGCUCCAGCAGAAGAAGCUCCAGCAGCAGAGCCUCCAGCAGAAAAGCCUCCAGCAGAAGAGCCUCUAGCAGAAGAGCCUCCAGCAGCGGAAGCUCCAGCAGACGAAGCUCCAGCAGAAGAAGCUCCAGAGGAAGUUCCAGCAGAGGAAGCUCCAGCAGAGGAAGUUCCAGUAGAGGAAGCUCCAGCAGAGGAAGCUCCAGCUGAGGAGGUCCCAGUGGAGAUAGCCCCGGCAGAUGAUCCUCCCGCAGAUUCUCCCGCAGAGGUCGAAGCCGAGGCCCAGCCGGAGGAACCACCCGCGACGAGUGAACCUGCGGCGCCAGAGCCUGAACCGGUUGUUGCGACGCCAGCAAAGGGAAAGAAAAAGAACAAGAAAAAGAACAAGAAGGGCGGCGCUAGUAACUCUGAACCUGAGCUUGUACCUGAACCUGCUGCGGAACCAGAGCCUGAACCUACUUCGACAGAGGAGGCCCCGGCUGCGGAUGGCACUCCAGAUCAACCAGCGGAAAAACCUGCCGAGGCAGCCCCCGAGCCAGAAGCACCAGGCGAGCCGGAAGGCAAAUCUGAAGAUGCUCCCGAGGAACCAGCACUCCCAACAGAAGAAGUCGGUGAUGUUCAAUCAGCAGAGCAGGAGCAACCAGCAGAGCCCACCCCUGAACCGGAGACCAUGACACCAGCGGAGCCUGAAAGCCCUCCUGCAACCGAGGAAGAACCCGCACCGGAAUCUGCUGAGCCAGAAGGUCAACCGGUCGAUGAGCCUGCUGUGGCUGAAGUAGAACCGGAAUCCAAUACUGGGGUAGCUAGCGAGGAAGAGAAGGCACCCGCUGACGAUGCUACUCCCGCUGAUGCACCUGAGGAAUCUUUGGACUCUCCCACAGACACUGUCGAAGAACCGGCGGCGGAGUCAGUUCCUGCAGAGGAAUUAGUUGAGGAGCCUAUUGUUGAACAGACACCCGAGGAGCCUCCAGCCGAUGCAUCCCCCGCUCUAGAAUCCGAGCCUGCUGCGGAAGCCCCAGCAGAGGAAAGUCCUCCAGAAGCUGUGGAGGAACCUGUUUCAGAGGAGCCCGUCGUAGAUGAUAUUGUCGUCGAGGCUCCUAUUGAAGAGCCUGCUGCCGUGGAUCCUCCUGUUGAAGAGUCUGCUGAGGUGGAAGUGCCGACUGAGGUUGCUGAAGAAUCUCCAAAAGAUGAACCCCCAGUCGAGGAACCUGUUGUAGAGGAGCUUGCUGUGGAAGAGUCUCCAGCACCCGAAGAACCUGUAUCUACAGAACCUGCCACUCCAGAGGCUGAAGCCAUAGAGGAACCUGCUGUGGAGGAGCCCACUGCGGAAGAGCCAGCAGAUGCAGUUCCAGAACCGGCCGCUGAUGAGCCGGCCCCUGAGGCUAUUGAAGCCCCUGCUGCCGAGGAACCAGCACCAGUUGCCGAAGAGCCAGUUGCUGAGGAGCCUGCUACCGAGGAGGUCCCUGCACCAGAGCCAGCACCCACCGAAGAACCACCUGCUGCAGAGCCACCGGUCGAGGAACCACCGGUCGAGGAACCACCGGUCGAGGAACCACCGGUCGAGGAACCACCGGUCGAGGAACCACCGGUCGAGGAACCACCGGUUGAGGAGCCACCCGCUGAAGAACCAGUCGAGGAAUCCCUUCCAGCUGAAGCCCCUCCGGCUGAGGCGGCGCCCGUUGAGGAGGUACCUGUUGAAGUUGCCCCUGAAGAGCCAGCACCUCCAGCCGAAGAUCUUCCAGUGGAAUGGCCUGUUGUGGAACCCAAACCCCCCACUGAAGAAGCAGCCCACAAGGAAGUUCCUCUCGUAGAAGAUGCACCUGUUGAGCCGGCACCUGCUGAAGAGCCAGCCGCUCCAGAAGCGGAACCUAUUGAGGAGCCUGUGACGGAAUCAGCUCCUGAAGAACCAGCUGCUGAGCCGGAAUCGGCUAAAGAGCUUCCUGUGGAAGAACCCCCAGUUGAGGCUACGCCCCCAGUUGAGGAGCCUGCUCCUGAGCCAGCCCCAGCCCCAGCCCCUCCCGUGGAGGAGCCACCAAUUGAGGUAGCCCCUGAAGAGCCAGAACCUCCAGCUGCUGAUCCGGCACCUGCCGAAGAACCACCUGCCAAAGCAGCGCCCGCCGAGGAGCCCGUGCCCGAAGAAACUCCAGCUUCUGCAGAACCAUUGGUACCUGUGAGAGCACCACCAGUAGAGCGUGCACCAGAGGAGCCUGUCGAAGCAUCCCGUGAUUUGGAAGAGACUGUGGAAGAAGCUGUGGAGGCACCGGGAAGCAAAGAUGGCACCCGCCGCCGAAAGAAGCGCUCACCAGGAGACCGUGAACGACGCUACUCCAGAACAUCCUCCGAUGGAAACAAGGGUCAGCUUCCCCAACGCCAGAAGAGUGAGCGCGGGGUAUUCACCAAUCGAUGGGCUAAAGCUUUGGAAGAAGCCAAGCGGCAGCACGAGGAGAAGAAGCGCGGUCAAGUACAAAUCUUGCGAGCCAAGGCAGCCGUGGAAGCAGACAAGGAACGAAGUGGCAUCUCAACUUCAGAGAAAGCCAGACGCUCUGAGCGCUCUUCCUCAAAGGAACAGAGAGGGCCAGAUGCACCGAUUGUUGAGGCUAAAUUGAAGCGCAGUCUAUCCUCCAAGGCACCUGCAUCCUCUAAGGAGCAGAGAGAGCCAGAUCCACCGGUCGUUGAGGCUAAACUGAAGCGCAGUCUAUCCUCCAAGGCACCUCCAUCUUCCAAGGCACCUCCAUCCUCCAAGGCGCCUCCUUCUUCAAAGCAGACCUCGGCUUCUCCACCUAAACCUCGUCACUUCCUUCAGUACAUGAGCAAAGGCCAGUCGGACACCACCAAACCUCUAGCCACGCCGGGCUUCGAGAACCCGAAGUCAAGGAAGUCAUGGCAGUUACGAGCGGGCACUCAAUGA